AUGGCUUCACACCAGGAACAGGUGCUUCAAUUAGAGGUAGAGAACGAAGAGAUGGUGACCGCGGAGACAAGAGGUCCACACACUCCUCCUCCAGUGGAUUUCAACCAAAGCGGACCACUCGUGCCGCAGACCAAUAGACGAUCUCAUAGCAGAUCGACGAGCAAUCAACCGUCGGAAAUCCCUCCAAAGAGAGGAAAGAUGAACGACGAAGACGCGGAUGAGGCAGAAAACCCCGAUGACGCUCACAGCGUUAAGUCGGAAGACUAUACCUUGGAACCGCGGAUCACGGUUGAUGAAUUGCUCAUCGAUGGUAAUAACAGUAAAUCAAUAAACAAAAAACUUUACAUGCCUACUCUUCCAGAGAUCCGCGGCAUGCAUCAAUCCAUUGAGAACAUGGAGCUGACAAUCGCGGCGAACUGUGCUCCACAGAGCAUCCCGCCGGAUUGGAUCAAGAACUCAAAUCAGAUCUCAGCUAACUUGGCGGCCAUAUUGCGCACAAACAAUGACCUCAUUCGAGCCAACAAUUCGACAACCGCGGCACUCCAACGCCUCGUCACUCUGGCCACCAAAGACCAAAAGACCGAUCUACAGAAGGAAUGGCUCAAAGGUUUUCAAGACUUGGCUCAUGACAACAAAGAGACCCGCAGAGCCAUCCACAAAGUAGAAACCGCGGUUGAACAGCUCGAAGGUAGCAUGCUGCGCCAAGCGGAGCCACAGAUCUUGCAACUCGAUCCGCUGGACAAGGAAGAAAGAGACACUGUCUCGACAGCUCAAAAGGUCAACCGCGGAUGCGUUCUCUGCCAGAGACAAAACCACCCGACAGACAUCUGCAAGUCAUACGUGGGAUCGGAUCGUAUCCAAAGAGCCCAACAGCUCAACAUCUGCAUCCGCUGUUUGGAAGUAAACCCAAAUCCACAACGUGGCAAGCAUACUGGAUGUCCGAGUGAAAACAUCAAAUGCAGAAGAUGCGUCGGCAAGGUGAUCGACUCGAGAGCCGCGAAUCACAAUGUCGCCUUUUGUAGCUAUAAAGCUCUCAAGGACGAAAGAUCCGCGGAUGCUCCACAACCGCCCAGAAAGAACAAGACCAGCCAGCCAUCAACAUCCGCGCAAAGCAGAUUCUUCAACUAG